UUGCUUUCCUUUCUCUCUGAUCAAUGGCCGAUGAAAUCCUCCUCGACUUCUCCCCAUUGUUCAGAGUCUACCAAAAUGGCAAACUCGAGAGGCUUCCCCGUGAAGUUUUCGUCCCCCCAUCUCUAGAUCCAGCCACGGGCGUCCAAUCCAAGGACGUCGAAAUCGCGCCGGAGAUCAACCUCUCCGCUCGGAUUUACCUCCCGCCCAACGCCGAUCGCACCAAAAAGCUCCCACUCCUCGUCUACUACCACGGCGGCGGCUUCAUCGUCGAAUCCGCCUUCUCCCCGUUCUAUCACAAGCACCUCAAUCACUUAGUCGCACAAGCCAACGUCGUCGCCGUCUCGGUUAAUUACCGAUUAGCCCCUGAAUUCCCGCUCCCAAUCGCGUUCGAGGAUUCGUGGCGCGCUCUCAACUGGAUCGCCGAGGCCGAGGAGGAAUGGAUCAACGAAUUCGCCGAUCUGAAGCUUGUGUAUUUAGGCGGGGACAGCGCCGGCGGGACUAUAGCACACAACAUCGCAAUCCGGGUCGGGUCGGAUAAACCAGAUGGUUUUAACUUACAAGGGAUUUUCCUCAAUUGCCCCGCCUUUGGGGGUGUGGAUCCGAUUGGAUGCGAAACAGCCGAGGAGUUCAAGAAAAAGGCGGAGUAUUCUGAGAAACUGUGGCAAUAUAUUUGCCCGAGCAUGAGGGAUCGCAACGAGGGAUGGGUUAACCCGGGUAAGGAUCCGAAGUUAUCGGGUUUGGGUUGCCAGAAAGUGCUGGUUUAUGUUGCUGGGAAGGAUUCUCUCAAGGAUAGAGGGUGGUAUUAUAAUGAGGUGCUGAGCAGUUGUGGAUGGAAAGGAGAAAUCGAGUGCAUUGAGGUUGCCGGUGAAGGCCAUGUUUUCAGUGUGAUUACUCCAGAUAAUCAGGUUGGAAUUAAUAUGAUAAAAAAAUUGGCUUCCUUUAUCAAUAACUAAAUCAUUAUCGAAUCCGAAUAAAUCUAUUGGAGUAUCAUGUAGUGCUAUUUAUUACUCAAUAAAUGACGUCAUUGCAAAAUGUCUUCAAGAUUUACCUACCCUGAUUUCGAGCAUUAAUUUUAACUGUUUGUGGUGAAAUUAGAUUGCGAUGAAGAGAUGUAUCUGUUGUUAUGGAUCAAUGAUGUAAUUUGGUUGUGGUGUAAAGCUAGUCCGUUUUGAGAUUUGUUUUCA